UUAAAUUUCCAAACCCAAUUUUCAACAUUUCAUUACUUCAUUUUCACUCUACAAAAAGUACUUUUUUUUAAUAUAUAUUUUUUAUGUAUUCUCCCCAAUUUUUUCAAAAUUAAACACAAAUGGGGGUUCCUAUUCGAGCAGCAGCAGUAACAGGGGAUGAUAAUUUAAGCAAAAAAGCUGAAAUAAUGAGAGAAUCAAUAAAUAAAAGUCAGUUAAUUACUGAUAAUAUGGUUUCUGUUUUGGGCUCUUUUGAUAAUCGUUUAUCUGCUCUUGAAACCGCCAUGCGUCCUACUCAGAUAAGGACACAUGCUAUACGUAGAGCUCAUGAGAACAUUGACAAGACUUUGAAGGCUGCUAAUGUUAUAUUAAACAGAUUCGAUCUUUCUCGUGAGGCUGAGGCUACAAUACUUAAAGGUCCACAUGACAAUCUUAAAGGCUAUCUUGAAGCUAUUGAGCAGCUCAGAAGCAACAUUCGGUUUUUUACCAACAAUAAAAGCUUUAAGAGUAGCGACGGGGUACUCAACCAUGCAAAUAAUUUGCUUUCCAAGGCCAUCUCUAAACUUGAAAAUGAGUUUAAACAACUCUUAUCAUCAUAUAGCAAACCAAUGGAACCUGAUAGGCUAUAUGAGUGCCUUCCUAGUUCGCUAAGGCCUUCAUCUGGAUCACCUGAUGCAAGUAAUAAGAAUCCUUCUAAUAGUCACACAGACCACGUCACUGCAGAAAAUGCUAUUUAUAUUCCUCCAGUCCUUAUACCACCCCGGGUACUGCCCUUGCUUCAUAAUUUAGCUCAACAUAUGGUGAAUGCUGGUCAUACUCAGCAGUGCCUAAUUAUUUACAGGGAUACCCGUUCUCAAGUCCUGCAAGAAAGCCUUCACCAGUUGGGAGUGGAGAAGCUUAGCAAAGAUGACGUCCAAAAGAUACAAUGGGAGGUUUUGGAACUCAAAAUUGGGACAUGGAUUCAUUUUAUGCGUAUUGCGGUAAAAUUGUUAUUUGCUGCUGAAAGAAAAGUUUGCGAUCAAAUGUUUGAAGGCAUUGAGUCCCUUAAGGAUCAGUGUUUUGCUGAGGUUACAAAAGGCAGCGUUGCCAUGCUGCUUAGUUUCGGAGAUGCAAUUGCCAAAAGCAAAAGAUCACCUGAGAAGUUAUUUGUGCUUCUUGACAUGUAUGAGAUUAUGAGUGAACUUCAUUCCGAGAUUGAAACUCUUUUUAGUGGUAAAGCUUGCAAAGAAAUUAGAGAAGCUGCACUAGGUUUGACAAAGCGACUUGCCCAAACGGCAAAAGACACUUUUGGAGAUUUUGAAGAAGCAGUUGAAAAAGACGCAACAAGAACAGCUGUUGCAGAUGGAACUGUUCAUCCACUCACAAGCUAUGUCAUCAACUAUGUGAAAUUCUUAUUCGACUAUCAAUCGACACUGAAGCAACUAUUUCAAGAGUUCGAAAAGGGAGACGACUCCAACGCUCAGCUGGCAUCUGUAACGAUGCGAAUUAUGCAGGCCCUUCAAACCAAUUUGGAAGGGAAGUCAAAGCAGUACAAGGAUCCAGCAUUGACUAACUUGUUUUUAAUGAACAAUAUUCACUAUAUGGUCCGAUCCGUACGCAGGUCUGAAGCAAAAGAUUUGCUAGGGGAUGAUUGGGUGCAACGACACAGAAGGAUUGUGCAGCAACACGCUAAUCAAUAUAAACGAAUCGCAUGGGCCAAGAUCCUACAAUCUCUUUCGAUACAAGGAGCGGGCUCAUCAGGUGGUGACGGAGGAAGCAGUAGUGGGGCCUCACGAGCUCUCGUAAAGGAGAGGUUAAGGAUAUUCAAUCUUCAAUUCGAGGAGCUUCAUCAAAGACAAUCUCAGUGGACUGUUCCAGACUCAGAGCUUCGAGAAUCAUUGAGACUUGCUGUUGCUGAGGUUUUGUUACCUGCAUACAGAUCUUUCAUAAAACGUUAUGGGUUACUUGUGGAAAAUGGGAAGAAUCCUCACAAGUACAUAAGGUAUACAGCAGAGGAUCUUGAUAGGAUGCUUGGGGAAUUUUUCGAGGGGAAGACUUAAAAUAACGCGUCCGCAUGACAACAAGAGGGUAUAUCAGUAUAUGUAGUUUUCAUCUACCCUGUCUAUGUCUGUUAUGAGAGGUUAUAUUGUCAGUAUCCACUCGUAAAGGUAGUUGAGUCUAAUGUUAUUGCUAAUGUAACGAGAGAUACCUUCCAGUUUUUGUAAAGAUUCAAAAGAAAUUGAGUGACAUCUUUUGAGUUUGUUGACA